AUGCAGGCGUCUCCAAAGCUGAAGGAGUUAGCCAUCAAGCUGGAAGAAGGCUUGCCGAGAGCUUUCGUACGAGUUCACACCUCGCGCUUGGCUCGCGUGCGGGCCGCCAUGCUGACCACGCAUCCCGUAUAUGAGCUCUGCAUGUGCGACUUGCACAUCACCGCAGCCAAGCGUGCCAAGAUUGUAGGGGACGAAAUUCUGGGAUCCUUGGCAUUUGUGGCUCUGUUCUUUUCUGUGGAUGGCUCGGCGGUGGGCGCGCGAAGUCCAGAAGAAUGCCCGAUUGAGCAAGGAAGCUUCCUGUGGUACACCUUCGUUGCUCUGUUCUCCGUGCUCCUCAACUGCGUCCCGCGCAGUCUGGAGUACCGACUUGCACAGCGGGGUUUCGUGCAGAAGAGCCACGAACAUUACACACAGCAGCUUCUGGGAAGGCAGUUGAAGGACAUCGGCUUUUGGCUGGUUGGCAGCUGCCUCUCCCUCUGCUACCUGCUUGUCGUGACCGCCUUUCUAGCCAACCUCUCUGAGGGCGAUGAGGCGAAGUGGAUGUUCAGCUUCGCAGUGGUCGUUGUUCGAAAGCUGGUCGUGGUGCCGGUUCUCGCCACUUUGCUGUCCAGCGUUGGCACUGAACUUAGCAUCUGCGCGCUCUCCGGGGAGGCUCUUUCCCCACCUAAGAAGUUCGGAUUGGAUCUGCAGCUUGCCACGGAGGGCAAAGAAGCCGGAUCCUCGACAGCUGCAGAGUCGGAAGGUGCUGCGAGCGAAGUCUGGCACCAGAAGGUCCGAGAUCUAGCAGGUCGUGGCAUAAGCGUCCGUCAGCUUCUUGACUUCUAUGCCGACCUCGGACAGAG